UCCCGCCGCGUGUAGAAGUCAAAGACUGUAUUCACACAAUCCCUUCAUCUUCCCCCUCUCUCUAUUAAAUAGUGCGGAGAAACUCUCACUUUCAUUCAGUCCACUCCAAAUAAAUAAAAGAUUGACCAAUGGAUUUUUCCAACACCCAUAAGAUGAAGAGCAGAGGUAAAUUAAUGGGACAAAGAUGGUGGAACAUUGGUUUACCUUCACUAUUUCUGCUAUGCCUUUUCUUCUUCCUUGCUGGUUUAUUCGGUUCUACUCUCGUGUCUCACCAGGAUGUACUGGUACCUACUGUAAGACCAAGGUCGAGGGUGCUUGAAUCUGUAGAAGAAUUUGAUCCUUUGCCCAAUGGUGAAACUGGGGAACAUUCCCUCACUUCCAUUUCCUUUCAGGUCUUAAGCUGGUUCCCGCGUGCAUUAUACUUUCCCAAUUUUGCAACUAUAGAACAAUGUCAAGCCAUUAUUAAGAUGGCAAAGGCGGAAUUGAAGCCAUCAUCUUUGGCUCUCCGCAAAGGAGAAACAGCAGAGAAUACCAAAGGAAUUAGAACAAGUUCUGGUAUGUUUAUCAGUGCAUCUGAAGACAAAACUGGAAUUUUGCACCUCAUUGAGGAGAAAAUUGCAAAGGCAACUAUGAUCCCUUCGACACAUGGAGAGGCAUUUAAUGUGCUGCGGUAUGAAAUUGGCCAGAGUUAUCAUUCGCAUUAUGAUGCGUUCGAUCCUGCUCAAUAUGGUCCUCAGAAGAGCCAAAGGGUUGCAUCCUUUUUGUUAUAUUUAUCUGAUGUGGAAGAAGGUGGAGAAACCAUGUUCCCUUUCGAGAGUGGGCAGAAUAUGGAUGCUAAUUAUGACUUCCGUAAGUGUAUUGGUCUGAAAGUGAAGCCGCGUAGAGGGGAUGGACUACUGUUCUACUCGCUGUUACCAAAUGGUACAAUUGAUCCGUAUGAAUGGGAGCCCAUCUUAGGUACUGGCUCAUUGCACGGAUCCUGACGAUACAGACAUCUCUUCACGGGAGCUGUCCAGUUAUCAGAGGUGAAAAAUGGGUUGCCACAAAGUGGAUCAGAGAUCAAGAAAUGGAUGACUAAACGAGGACAUGUCUCCAAGUGGUGUUAAUAUUAUUCUUUGGUAAUUUAGUGUAGUAACUCACUAGGAGUUUGGAAACGAAUUUUGCAGUAAAUAUAUCUACAAGAAAAGUUCAUAUAUCUAUCUUUACCCUUCAUGAAUUUUUGCCCCUCCAAACCCCUACCCGUUCACUCAUGUUUUCAUUUUUCCCAACCUCAAUUCUGUUGAUCAGUGGAGUACUUCUCUCAAUGACUUUUUAAUUUUAUUACAACGAAAGGAAACUAAUCAAGGCAUCAAUAUCCUCCCUCCAUUAGAAAUUAUUAAAAAAGAAACCGUUAAGCCCCACCUUCGGUAGGUGCAAAACUAACUGUGAAGUGUACAAGAUAAUAGUGUUUAUCCGCAACAAAUAUAAACAAAAUUGCUUUUAAUUUGCCCUCCUAUCUCUUCCUGGAAAAAUAUAAAAAAAAAUUAAUUUAAUUUUUUUUACUAAUCAAAAGUAAAAUACAAUAAAUAUUGGAUUUAAUUUUAAACCAUUGCAAGAUGAAAAAAAGAGAUGUUGCCUUUGGAGUAGCAAUUUACAUGGCUUAGAAACAAUUUAUUUUAUUGGCUGAACAUGGACGUAGCUUAGCAUUUAGGAAAUGCUUACACCUCAUCCAACUUCCUGACACGAAAACAAACACGCGUCAACACCAUAUCAUUAACACAAAAACUUAUAUAUAUAUGAUGCAAAACUAUUCGAAAAGAUCAAAAACAAAUGCAAAUCCAAAGUUGAUUUGACAGAGUAUUUUAUAGACAGAGAUAAAAAGCAAAACUGCAAAUUUAUACAAAUGGAGAAACAAACAGAUAGUAAUAAGGGAUGUAUAGAUAACAGUAAGUUGGAAGGAUUGCCAGUGGAUACAAGUCCUUAUACACAGUAUAAGGAUUUGGAAGAUUACAAGAAACAAGGGUAUGGAACACAAGGCCAUCAACAGCCAAAUCCUGGGCGUGGUGCUGCCAGUUCCACUGACGCCCCCACACUUGCUGGUGGUGGAUCUGCCUCUGCUCAAUCUCAGCUUUCUGCUACUGAUAACAUCAAUCGUCAGGGUGUCCCUUAGUUUCCUUGAUGUCUACAACAUGUGUUACAACUUACAACUAAUGUCUAGGCAUAUAAUAAGAUCAUAUUUGUUUUGAGUUAGCGGUUCUACAUCUUAGAUUAGUCUCUGUUUGGUGUUGUUUGCGUUGUUCCGUUAUGUUUCAUUUUCUUGGUAACUUACUAUAUCUAUUUUAAAGAAUAUAUAUAAUUGCAUAUUUAGGGGUUCUUAA